AAAUUUAGAUACGUGCUAUCGCUUUGGAGCCGCGGUGUGUAAACAGAUCAGGAAGAAUCUAGCCUGAGACGAACUGAGCUGCCUUAACAUUCUCGGUUUUAGGAUGACCCCCCCCCCUCGAACUGAAGUUGACACUUCUUUAAUUUCGUCAGGCUGGUUAUGAUUAUGGUAUUUCCCCAACGAAACGAAUAUCUCAAAACACUAUUGCCGCUGUUUUUAACACUAUUGCCGCCGAGAGCUUUGUUGAUCUCGUUAAGAGACCCGACUUUCGUAUUAGGAGUUAGUGCAGAUUGACUAAUGUACAGUUGCGCUACAGUUGGUCAGAUUGCCGGUGCAGGAUGGUGCGAUCGCCGGAAAGAAGCUGAUGUGAAACUUCAGCUUGACCAGGAGCCCACAGUGACUGCGGCACUCGAAACAUGGUGAAGCCACACUGAUGGAGAACCACGCGAACUGCUCUGGGGAGGAGGAGAGCUGCGGGGAGCGAGGUCUGCUGCACCUGUGGAAGGGCUACUCCUGCAGCGUGACCCCAGAGAAGCUGCUCCUGUCCCGGCCUGUGCUGCAGGCCGCCCUGGGGACCCGGCAUGGCGUCCUGCUGGUGGAGGGGGGGCAGGUGUAUAGCUUUGGGGAGAUGCCAUGGAAGAAGGCGUUGCCAGGCAACCCCGUGGAGCCUGUGCUGGAGGCGGAGCUCAGCAGCCAGCGCGUGGUGUUUGUGGCGGCCGGCAGUUUCCACAAUGGCGCGGUGACGGAGGACGGGGUUGUGCACAUGUGGGGGGAAAACGCGUCGGGUCAGUGUGGGAUGGCGGGCGCCGGCCCAGUGCCCGACCCCCGACCGGUGGAGCUGGCGGAGCGGGACGGCGGCCCGCCGCAGCCAGUGUGGGUGCUGGAGCUGGCGUGCGGCGAGCAGCACACGCUGGCGCUGUCGGGCCAGCGCGAGGUCUGGGCCUGGGGCAGCGGCUGCCAGCUCGGCCUGCUCACCAGCGUCUUCCCCGUCUGGCGGCCGCAGAAGGUGGAGCACCUGGCCGGCCGGCAUGUGCUGCAGGUGGCCUGCGGGGCCUUCCACAGCCUGGCGCUGGUGCAGUGCCUCCCCCCCGAAGCGGCCCGUCGCCCCCCACAGGACAAGUGCGGACAGUGCAACCAGCUCCUCUACACCAUGACUGAUAAGGAGGACCACGUGAUCAUCUCUGACAGCCACUAUUGCCCUCUGGGGGUGGAGCUGGCUGACGCGAAACAGGGGGCCACCGUCCCGGAGCCCCCCGAUUCUGGGCAGCUCUCGGCCCCGCCUCCCACUGCUCCUGCUGAGGACCCCCAGUCCAUGGAGGAAGCCCCUAAACAGGCUGAGGAGGAUGUAGAGGAAGAGGAGGUGGGGGACGGGAAGGCUGGGGAGGAACUCCAGGGUCCAGCGGAGGAUGCUCCUGGGGGGGAGCUGCAUGCCGCCCCUCCAACUGAGUCCCGCCACGCCCCGGCGAGCAGGAGCUCCCCCUACCCCGACGAACAGGCGGUGCAGGCAUAUCUAAAGAGGCUAUCGGACCACGCCCUCGCUGAGCAUGCUGGGAAGUCGGCCAUUACCGUGCAGUGUGCCCAGCAGCGCAAGGGUGACCCUGCCCCCCCAGACCUCACCUCCAUGCCCCAGCCCACCACCACGGUAGGCUCGGCCCUGAACAGCCUGGUGGUGUCGUGUGCGUCCGCCGUGGGCGAGCGUGUGGCCUCCACUUAUGAGGCGCUGUCACUUAAGAAGGUCAUGGGCUAUUACUACCCAUCUGGGGUACCGGGGGGUGGUGGGCCGGGCUCCGGCGAGGGCGCCAAGGAGACGCGCGAGGAGCGCAUGCGGAUGGAGGAGUCCAUGCAGGGGAAGAAGAGCUCCAGCCUGGGGGACAUCCGUGAGGGGGAGGCCGAGGGCCUGAGUCGCCGCCUCUCACUCCCUGGGCUCCUCUCACAAGUCUCCCCUCGCCUGCUCCGGAAGAUGGGCCGGUCCCGGGUUCCGGCCAUGGCUCUGACCCCCGCAGCCAUCCCGGAGUCCGAGCAGCACCUCCCCUCCCUGCACACGGAGGUGUGGAGCUGGGGCCGUGGCAAGGAGGGCCAGUUGGGUCACGGGGACAUCCUGCCCAGGCUGCAGCCACUGUGCAUCAAGAGUCUGGGGAGCAAGGAGGUGGUGCAGGUGGCUGCGGGGGCCCACCACUCAUUGGCGCUGACCGCCCAGUCACAGGUUUAUUCCUGGGGCUGCAACACCUCCGGGCAGCUGGGUCACAUGGACUCUCCCAGCACCGUCCCCCGGCUGACCAAGAUGUCGGAGGGGAUCCGGGUGUGGGACGUGGCCGCGGGGCAGCAGCAUACGGUUCUCCUGGCUGACGGAGACUGCUUCCAGCCCAUCCUCUACUACAGUGGGCGGCAGGUGCGGGAGGGGACGCCGGGCAGCCCCCAGGCUGAGAGCGGAGGCUACACCCAGCAGCCAGUCCUCCUGCCCUUCUGCAUGAAUCUGGGCUACGUGAGCAGCGUGUUUGCCGGGGGACAGAGCUGUCUGGCUCUGGCAGACCAGAAUGUGAUGGGCUUCAUCGCCAGCCUCCAUGAGCUGGCUGCUGCUGAACGGAAGUUCUACUGCCGGCUGAGCAAUGUGAAGGGCCAGAUACUCCGCCCCCUGCUGGCCGUGGAGAGCCUGGCCGCCUCCCUAGGCUCCGCCUCCACGCCCCUCUUCCAGGCCCUGGCCGCUCACUUCAGCCGCCUGUGUCACCUGACGGGCCGCCACGCCACCUCGCUCACCGCCUUCCUGCGCUGCAGCUGCAACCGCGAUGUGCGCGGCCUGGCCAUGCUGGAGCACGCCGCCGUCUUUCUGGACGCCUACAAAGAGUACUGCAGCUCGGUGGGGAACUUCCUGGUGAUGGGUGGCUUCCAGGCGCUGCUGAAGCCAUCAGUGGAGGCCUUUGGGAAAGGUUUGGAGGCCCUGCAGCGGCUAGCGGAGUCGGGCGAGGAGAGCUCUCCCCCAAAUGACCUCUUGGUGACGCUAUUCUACAUGCCCAUGCGACACCUGCACGAAUACGGUCGGCUUCUUCUGAAGCUAGCCACCUGCUUCGAGGUGAGUUCCCUGGAGUACCAGAAGCUCCAAGACGGCUGCUCCAAGUAUGAGGCGCUGGCUCUUCACCUGAAGAGGAAACGGAAAGAGGCAGAAUACACCUGCCACUUCUGGAAGAGUUUCCCUGGAAAGAUGACCGAUUCCCUGCGGAAGCCGACGCGCCGGCUGGUUUGCGAGAGCAGCAACAAGGCCCUGACGCUGCAGAACGCUGGCCGGUUCUCCGUCAACUGGUUUAUCCUUUUUAACGACGCGCUGGUGCACGCUCAGGGCGUCCAACCCUAUAAGAACCUUUUUUCCACUCACCAUGUCUUCCCCCUGGCCACGCUGUGGGUGGAGCCUAUCUCGGAGGAAAACAGCAACCUGUACGGGCUGAAGGUGACCUCACCUGAGGAGACAUUCACGCUCCUGUCCUCCUCCCCCAUGGAGAAGGCCAAGUGGCUGCGAGCCAUUAACCAGGCGGUGGACCAGGCCCUGGGCGGGGCCGCCGCCGAGGUCGGCGUCUUGGGUUCGAGCACCGUACAGCGGCCGGAGCCGCCCAUAUCACGCACAGCCUCCUAUACCUUCUACAAGGACAGCCGGCUGAAGGAGGCGAUCUAUGAGGGCCGCUGGCUGGCCGGGAAGCCCCACGGAAGGGGUCUGCUGAAGUGGCCAGACGACCGGACCUACACCGGCACCUUCAAGAACGGAUUGGAGGAUGGGUUUGGGGAUUAUGUGGUUCCCAACAAGAACCUGAACAAGAAUGAUCAGUACCAGGGCCACUGGAAGGAGGGCCGGAUGCACGGAUUCGGGGUGUACAGGUAUGCCACGGGCGAGGUGUACGAGGGCUCCUUCCAGGACCACAUGCGACACGGCCAUGGGAUGCUGCGCAGCGGGAAGCUGAACUCUUCCUCACCCAGCGUCUUCAUCGGCCAGUGGGUCCAGGACAAGAAGACGGGCUACGGGGUCUUCGACGACAUCACCAGGGGGGAGAAGUUCAUGGGCAUGUGGCAGGACGACCAGCGGCAGGGAAACGGCCUCGUCGUCACCCAGUUCGGCCUGUACUACGAGGGCACCUUCGCCAGCAACAAGAUGAGCGGCACAGGGACGCUGCUGUCAGAGGACGAUACUACGUUUCAGGGAGAGUUUUCCGAGGACUGGACGCUGAACGGGAAGGGCACGCUGACCAUGCCCAAUGGCGACUACUUUGAGGGCACCUUCAACGGGGAGUGGGGCACAGGGCUGAAGGUGACGGGGACCUACUACAAACCAAACCUGUACGACGGGGACAAGGACAAGAGCAGGGCCAUCAAGCUGGGCAGCAUGGCCGUGCGGCCAGAGGAGAAGUGGUGCGCCGUGUUCGAGGAGUGCUGGACCCGGCUGGGCUGUGACGCUCCAGGCCGGGGGGAGAACUCUAAGGCCUGGGAGAACAUCGCCGUCGCCCUGACAACCAGCCGCCGGCAGCACAAAGACAGCCCUGAGCUCCUAAGUCGGUCCCACAACAAGACCCUGGAGAGCCUGGAGUUCAUCCCCCAGCAUGUGGGCCCCCUCACCUUGGUGAAGUACAACAGCGUCCAGCGUUACCUCAUCAAGGCCUGCGACACUCCCCUGCACCCGCUGGGCCGGCUGAUCGAGACGCUGGUGGCCGUCUACAGGAUGACAUACGUGGGUGUGGGGGCCAACCGCCGGCUCCUGCAGCAGGCCGUCGGCGAAAUCAAGUCCUACCUGAGCCGCAUCUUUCAGCUUGUCAGGUUCCUGUUCCCAGACCUGCCAGAGGAAGGCGCUGUGAUCCCAGGACCCGCUUCUGAGUCUCCAGAGAAACGGGUUCUCAGCUCCCCAAAUGAGGCACCACAGCUGGAGUCCCCACAGCCUGGACGUGUGGUGAGCAGCUCCGCCUUGCUUUUGCCCGUGCUGCUGCCGCGCCUCUAUCCGCCGCUGUUCACGCUGUACGCGCUGGAGAAAGAGCGCGAGGAGGACGUGUACUGGGAGUGUGUGCUGCGGCUCAACAAGCAGCCCGACCUGGCCCUGCUGGCCUUUCUGGGGGUGCAGCGGAAGUUUUGGCCUGUGUCUAUCUCAGUGCUUGGUGAAAAAUUUGAGGUUCUCCCAAACACCAAGGACGCCUGCUUCGCUUCCGCUGUCGAGACUCUUCAGCAGAUCAGCACGACGUUCACACCCUCGGACAAGCUCCAGGUGAUCCAGCAGACCUUCGAGGAGAUCACUCAGGAGGUGCUGGCACUGCUAAAGGAAGACUUCCUGUGGUCUAUGGAUGACCUCUUCCCCGUCUUCCUCUAUGUGGUUCUGCGUGCUCGAAUUAGGAACCUAGGUUCUGAGGUCAGUCUGAUCGAGGACCUGAUGGACCCUUGUGUACAGCAUGGAGAGCACGGCAUCAUGUUCACUACCCUUAAGGCCUGCUACUAUCAAAUCCAACAUGAGAAGAUCACGUAGAGGAGGUCCCCGUGUGACUGGCGCGCUCUGUGCUCUGCGUGCUGCUACAGGGAACCAGAUCCAGCAUGGUGAUGGUCUGAUGGGUGGUCUGGGUAGAUUUGGCACUAGCUGACGGAGAAGCUGAGGGAAAAAACCAGCAGUGUGUCUGUCAGGAGCUACGCAAGUCAGAACAAGCGCUGGUCCUCUCCACCUCCUGCCCCCGAGCUGAAGGCCCCCCCCCCCUGAACGGGGAGCCCCCUUCUUUGGCCCUCCUAAACCUGACACCCCUGCCACCCUCAUCACGUCGAAUCCCAUCUCGCCUACCACUCAGAGAGAGUACUGGACCCUCAUGUUUGGCUUUCUACUGUGGCUGUUCAGUUUUGGAUGGUGCUGUGGUGAUAAAGGAGGGGGGCGGUGACAUCAUCACUGCUGGGGAGCCCGAACGUGAGCCGGUCCCAUCACCUCUAUGCACAUGUCGAACUUAGUUUGCACUGUUAGGAAGCACAGGCGGAUCCUUGUGGGGGGGUCUGCCAUCCACAACACAUCCAGCACCUGUCUGCCAGGAUUUUAUUCAAAAGGCUCCACUCUUACAAAGGAUACGGGUCGCAGCACUGAGAAUCUCUUCUUUUUGUUUCAUUUUUUAUUAAAUACACAUUGCAGGUGUUCUUAGACGCAUAGAAAAACAGUUGAAAUUGUCACGAGUGUCCAAGGAGCUACUAACUUAGAUAGAGAGAUGCUACCAGAGGACAUUGUAGGUAUAGACAGGAAGUUUAAGUAUUUGAUAUAAAGCAGUGUUUCCCAGUCCAGUCCUCAGGGACGGGUUGGGAAACACUGAAAUAAGGUACUGAGUAUAGAUCUGCGUAAACAGACUUGCUUGGUCAGUAUGUCGAGCAGAAAAGAGCCAGAUCUUGAGGCUCUUUCAUAUAUUCAAGUGAUUUUAAGCUUGUUAUUCUAAUCAGACUCAUCCUCCACAACCCAAAUUAAGAACUUUCUUAAAACUUCUACAUAUGAAGCUGCCCCGAACACGUCUGUCCUUUUCCCUUCCUGUGCUGGGGGGGACAUUUAUCUGACCUUGAUAUUCAUACAUACUGUAUUUGUGCUGAAAACUGACAACUUGGGGUUAGGGUAUGUUGGGCUGUACCUGGGAAAUGACCUUGUAAUCGGCAAAAAUUUUAUCUGUAUUUUGACUUUUAUUACCAUGCAAAGCCAUCCAGUUUUGGGGGACGUUUGAGUUACUUUAAGUGCCUGCAGAUACAGCGGCCGGGACCGUUUUGGGUGAUGAUGACAUCGUCGCUCCGGUACUGCAUACACGGUGCAUGAUGAAUGUCUUCGUGGCUCAGGCAGUGGACAGACGAUCACAUGAAUGCGGCACCUGUUCGAAGAACCAGAUAAUGAACUUUUAUUUACGUUCCAGAUCCAGACGAACAAAAUGCGCAUAGUAUUUAUUGACUCUUUCAUGAGCAUUUUUCAAAAACACGCCACACCAUAAGAGCCAGCAGAUCAUCCAUUACACAACACAUGAACCAUCUAGUAUUGCACUGAUAACCCUCUGAGUUUUGAUGAAAGCCAGGCUAAGGAUGGAGGCCUGCUUUUAACGAAGGUUUUUUGAGGAACAUCUUGUUACUGAACAUGAGUAUAAACUUAAUUCAUUUUUAUUGCUCCUGUAUUCUAACAUUUUGAGAAUGGACUGUAUUUGUGUCACAUCAGAACUUCUUCAGUAAUGUGGCUGAUGGCUAUUCCCCGAAUCUGCUAGUCAUGCACUGGAUUGUAAUGAUCAUAAUGAGCACAGGAAAGGUGAAACGGACCAUUUUGGGCUAGACUGUGUAACCUGACGCUUACAUAGAUGGAUUCAUGCAAACAUUCGAUAGGGGAGGGGGGGAGGGGUUGAAUUCCUCUGCUAAGGGUGAUGAAGACCAAAAAUGAGCAGAUGUAAGAUGCUGGCAUUGACCAUUUUAAGUCUGUUUGGCAGGGUCAUAAUAAAACUCUCCUUUUCCCCCCUUU